AUGGAUUCCGUCAACGUGGAGCGGGAGGGCAGGUGUCACGUGGCGGCCAUGCCCUAUCCGGGGAGAGGCCACAUCAACCCCAUGAUGAACUUCUGCGAGCUACUGGCUACGCGAAGCCCCGAUAUUCUCGUCAGCUUGGUGGUCACGGAGGAGUGGGUCGGCUGCCUCGCCGGCCCGGAGAGCGAGAUCCCGCCGCCGAACAUGCGGUUCUGCUCCAUACCCAACGUUGUGCCGUCGGAGCUGGACCGCGGCGCCGACAUCGCCAGCUUCCUCGAUGCCGUCAUGACAAAGAUGGAGGCGCCGUUCGAGCGGCUCCUCGAUGGGCUGGAGCCGCCAGCGACUGUUAUAGUGGCUGACCUGUUCCUGCACUGGGCGUUGGAGGUUGGGAAUCGCAGGAAUAUUCCGAUGGUAUUGCUGUGCACGCUGUCGGCAUCGGUGUUUUGGAUUAUGUAUCAUUUUAACCGCGUCGUCGAGAACAAGCACUUUCCGGUGAACUUGGCUGAAAAAGGAAAUGAAUGUGUAGAUUACAUACCUGGACUUUCUACACUUCGCAUACGUGAUUUACCAACAAAGCUCCAUGGGUUAACAGAAACACAAAUCUCACAACAUGUCCUCAGAGUUUUCUUAUGGGAAUUCAAACCCCAAUUCAUUAUGUUUACUUCCAUCUAUGAGCUUGAGGCCAUAAAAGAUGCAAAUUUUCCGAUACCCUUCUAUACUAUUGGCCCUACAGCCAUUCCCUACUUCAAACUCAAAAACACUCUCCCUUUACCCACCACCAACAAUGACGCCGACCAUUACUUGCAAUGGCUACACACACAACCUCCCAAUUCUGUCGUCUACAUCUCAUUUGGAAGUAUUCACUCAAUUCCAAACCUCCAAAUGGAAGAACUCAAUGUUGGAUUGUGCAUUGCUGGUGUUCGAUUCUUGUGGGCGAUUUGUGCGGAAACAAAUUCUCAAAUAAAAGAGCAAUGUAGUGAGUUAGGGCUAGUGGUGCCUUGGUGUGACCAGUUGAAGGUGUUGUGCCAUCCCUCUGUAGGGGGCUUUUGGACACAUUGCGGGUGGAAUUCUGUGCUUGAGGGCAUUUUUGCAGGGGUGCCGAUGCUUGCUUUUCCCUUGACUGUAGAUCAAAUCACAAAUAGCAAAAUAGUUGUGGAGGAUUUGAAGAUAGGGUGGAGGGUAAGGGAGACGAGCGUUGUGGAAGUGGAAACUUUGGUGAACAGGGAUGAUAUUGCUUGGCUUGUGCAGAGGUUUAUGGAUUUGGAAAAUGCAGAGAUAAAGGACAUGAGAAAGAGAGUGAGAGAACUUCAAGAUAUGUGUCUGGGGACAAUUGCAAAAUGAGGAUCAUCUGAACUUAAUCUUUGUGCUAUUACUGAAACUUUUCGCAAUCUUGUCACAACCAUUAACGUUUAGCAAUGUUGUUGUUCUUGAAGCCAAUCCACAUGAUGUUUGUAACAUAUUGAUUAUUAGAGAUUAUGCGAGAGACUUUCAAGCUAAAUUUUUUUUUCACUUUCUUAUUA